AGAAGAGGGCGGGGCAGACAGCGGCGCGGCCAAUUGGAGGCGCCCACGACCCACCCCAGCGAACUUGGAAGUGGAGCCGCGUUGAGAGCCCUGCCUGAGGCGCGUGGCGGGGUCCGCAGUCGCGCGGGGGGUUAGGGCGCGCGCGGCGGUAUCGCUAUGGUGUCGGCCAGCGCGUGCGCCGGCCAGGUGGGCGCCGUGCUGCCUCUGCUGCUGGUGCUCUUCGACCUGCUCGGCGAGGGAGUCGAAUGUGGAAUAAAUGCUGAAGUAGAAAAACAACUUGAAAUGGGCAAGAAGUUAUUGGCAGCUGGACAGCUAGCUGAUGCCUUGUCUCACUUCCAUGCUGCUAUAGAAGGGGACUCUGAUAACUACAUUGCCUAUUAUAGAAGAGCCACAGUGUAUUUGGCCAUGGGCAAAUCUAAAGCUGCAAUUCGUGAUUUAAGUAAAGUGGUUGAACUAAAGCAGGAUUUCACAUCAGCAAGAUUACAGAGAGGCCAUUUACUUCUUAAGCAAGGAAAAUUUGAUGAAGCAGAAGAAGAUUUCAAAAAUGUGCUCAAAUCUAAUCCCAGUGAUAAUGAGGAAAAGGAAGCCCGGUCUCAGCUGAUGAAAUCUGAUGAGUUGCAGCGCCUGCAUUCACAGGCACAGUCUCUGUAUCAUCAGGAGGAUUAUAUUACUGCUAUAAGACUCCUUGAUGAGAUUCUAGAAGUUUGCGUUUGGGAUGCAGAGCUGCGGGAGCUUCGAGCUGAAUGCUAUAUAAAGGAAGGAGAACCAGGCAAAGCCAUUAGUGACUUAAAAGCUGCUACCAAACUGAAGAAUGAUAACACUGAAGCCUUCUAUAAAAUCAGCACAAUAUACUACCAGUUGGGGGACCAUGAACUGUCACUCAGUGAAGUCCGAGAGUGUCUGAAACUUGACCAGGACCAUAAGCUGUGUUUUUCUCACUAUAAACAAGUAAAGAAACUUAAUAAGCAAAUCGAGUCAGCAGAGGAACUCAUCAGGGAAGGCAGGUACACAGAUGCCAUCAGUAAAUAUGAAUCUGUAAUGAAAACUGAACCAAAGGUCCCUAUUUACACUACUCGUGCCAAAGAAAGGAUCUGUCACUGCUUCUCAAAGAAUGAGCAGUCUGCUGAAGCCAUAAAAGUUUGCACAGAAGUUCUGCUGCUGGAACCAGCUAAUGUGAAUGCUUUAAAAGACAGAGCAGAAGCCUAUUUAUUAGAAGACCAAUAUGAGGAAGCUAUUCAAGAUUAUGAAACUGCUCAGGCCAACAGUGAAAAUGACCAACAGAUUCGUGAAGGCCUAGAGAGAGCCCAGAGGAUGUUGAAGCAAUCUCAGAAGAGAGAUUAUUACAAAAUUUUAGGAAUAAAAAGAAAUGCAAGAAAACAAGAAAUCAUAAAAGCAUAUAGAAAGCUAGCAUCUCAGUGGCACCCUGAUAACUUCCAGAAUGAAGAGGAGAAGAAGAAGGCAGAGAAAAAGUUUAUUGAUAUAGCAGCUGCUAAAGAAGUACUUACUGACCCAGAAAUGAGGAGGAAGUUUGAUGCAGGAGAAGAUCCACUGGAUGCAGAAAGCCAACAGGGAGGAGGAAACCCUUUUCACAGAACCUGGAACACAUGGCAAGGAUUCAACCCUUUCAGCUCUGGAGGACCAUUUAAAUUUAAAUUCCACUUUAAUUAGAACCAAGACUAUUUUUCUGUAACUGCCACUGAUUUACUUAAUACUUUUAUUUAAAACUCUGUCCAGGAUUCAACAAUUUAAAUUUCAUAUGUUGCCCUUAACUAAAGAGUUACUUUAUUAGAAGAAAAGCUAGCUCUUUAAUAUUACAAAAAAAUAAAAAGUUUUGCUGCAGUGUGAAUUUAACAACCCUAUAACGGUGAGUGGGUGGGCCAGGAUUUUGUUAGCACUCAUAUAUUUGUAGUAGUGCAUGCAGAAAUCCUGACUACCACUGAGGAAGAAACAUUAAGACCUGGAAAACAUAUAAACACAUACUUAAAUCCUGUCAAAUUCAAUGACACUUAAGCAUAUGCUUAAAGUUAAGAAUGUGCUUAAAUGCUUUUUGGAACUAGAGCCUAAUAGAGGUGUAAAAAGUUACUCCGUAUACCAAGCUUUAUAUUCACAAAUGAAAAUGAGAGUUAGUGUAUGCAGGGUAAUGAUCCAUCUUUCAGUAUUCUUAAAAAGAAAGACUAAUGACUUGACCAACUACUGCAUUGUGUUAUUUUUGUUACACUGAUGCCGUACGUAGAGAGUGAAGAGUCCACUACAGAUUUAUUUUAAAAAGAUUAUUUAAAACCAGAUUGUUACUGUUUGUUUGAAAAUGUCUAUCUACUUAUAUUUGUUUGGUAAUCUGAAAUCAGUUGGAAUGAUUGGUCUCUAUUAUAGCCGCAUCUGUCAAACAUGAAAGUAAAAAAAUCCCUCAUUUUGAACAUUUUGCUUCUGAAUGAUACUUAAAUAGCCAGAGUUUCUUGAUUGGUUUUGUAUUUUGUACUUUUUACACAAAACCUGCUUGAGAUUUGAGCAGGGCAAUUUAAUGUGAGACUUCCCCACAUAUGCAGCAACUUGCAUCUGAUUUUAAUAAAUACUUUAAAAUAAGGAGAAAUGUGUAAAAGGUAACUUCUGCUAGUGCCCAAUUCAGGAUCCAUAUAAGUUUAAAGUGACUGUGUAGUAGGUUAUAGAUCCAAAAUGUACUAGAGCCUGGCAUCUGUAAAGGAAGAGAGUCUGAAGCUAGGGUUGAACCUUAUUAAAACCUCACUUCUCUUCUGGGUGACAGGCGGACAAAAUAAUGUGUGUCAUGCCAUGCAAUUGCUCUAGAGGUCCUUGUGAAGCAGCCAGGGUAUCAGUUCCUUGCUUGUUUGGGCAAAAUAAAUCCGGUUUUAUUUUAGGCCAAAACAUGUGGACUGAGUUGUUCAAGCACAAAUGGGAUACAAAUGUGACUUUGAUGAUUGGUGGUGGUGUGGCAACUGUAAACUAUAACAGUCAGAAUGGUUAAUAACUGGUUUCAAUAGACGCCACUCUUAGAAUGGCUGAAUUUUAAAUCAAGAACAUGUUAGUAAAUUCCAUUACUAUAUUUCAAACAACCUAGUUAAAUAUGAACUUUCUCUCAGUCCAUCCCUCCAACUCAUGUUUCACUGAAAGCAUGGUGAGGAAUUGACUUAGUAAAACAAAAGUAUCUUUGAAGAAUUGAGCAUGCUACUUGAAAGAGUAAUUGUACCACUACAGAGGCAGGUGUUAUCCAAGCAUAUGUCCUAUUUUUCUAUAUUAUACCACAUACUUCAGUGUUUGAAUGGAAUUCUGCAGUCACAUGGCUCACUGAAAUGCACUUUGACAAGUAUUUAAAGUGAAUGACCAGAUCGCACCUUUCCGUGUGGGAGCAUUGCCUGGUUUGCCGGGGGGGGGGGGAUGGGGAGGAAUAGCACUUUAUGGGUGGAGACUGGGAGAGGCUCAGAAGCUGCUGCAAAAGAGGGAGAGGGAGAGUGUGGCAAUGCUGACUCAUCCCCGGGGAGUGGAAGGGCUGGGGAGUUGAAAAGGGGCAAGCCAGGCAGGAGAAGCCCCUUUUUCCCUGGACCAGGCAGAGCAGCACCCACACUCCCUCCCCUUGAGGUGGCAAAACCCCAGGUGUGGUCAGGACCUGCUGUGGGCAUUGCAUUAUCUGCUCCUCUCUAGGGGGCCAGGGGAGGACUUUUCCCCUCACCACCAGAUUGGCCAAGGUGGAGUUGGGUUUUUUCUUCCUUCCCCACAGCAGCUUUGUGGCGGGGAGGGGCUUGUUAUGGUGAGUAGGGAGAGGAGUUACAUAAUGAGUUGUUACAUUAUAGCUUAAGUGUGGGGUGGAUGUCCAGUGCAGGUGCUCCAUUGGGAAGGGAAUACAGUGGCUGGAUAAAUGGCUUGGUAAAGGACUUAAAAAGGUGUUUAUUAAAGGAGCCAAAUGGGGUGGGGAAUUGGGGCUCUUAUGAUUGGUAUGGCAGUGAGCCAACCCCCUUUCUUAUAGCCCACCUUAACCUUUGGGGGGAGGGGGAUGGUAAGGUCCCAGCAAUGGUUGGCUGUGGGACCUGAAUAGGAAAAAAGGGGAGCUGGUGUAAGUCCCCCGGGUGUAUAUUGAAUGAACAUGGAGUUACCUGUACUGUACGCUUUUCUUUGCCAGAUAGUCCCAGCCAUCUAAUAAUAAAGUUGCUGCCUGAUUAAACCCA